CGUCAUCAUUAUUCGAGUGGACAGAGUAGACUGCAGAGCUACACUGUUCUCAUAAACUAAGAAAGCGCCCGUAAUUGUAAAGUUCAGUAUAGGAUAGUGCGCGUAAAAAUGCCCGAGAUGAAUUCAUUUCCAGUGGGUGCUUUGAAGAAGCACAUCACCUCUGUCAGCAGCGCAGGUGAGCAGCACCACAGUUCUCCACUGGAAUGUGAAUAAUGAAGGUUACUGGGAAAAAGAAGAGCAGAGAUGUCGGUGCCUUUACUGAAAAUUGGAGUAGUGCUCAGCACGAUGGCAAUGAUCACCAACUGGAUGUCGCAAACGUUGCCCUCUCUUGUAGGUCUGAAUAGCACCAAAUUAAGCGUGGCACCUCCGGGUGUGCCCGACCGGAUCACUGGCGUGCUGCCAGCUAACCCCGAGGAGUCGUGGCAGGUGUACAGCUCAGCCCAAGACAGUGAGGGCAGGUGUGUGUGCACUGUUGUUGCUCCUCAGCAGACCAUGUGCUCACGGGAUGCCAGGACCAAACAACUGAGACAGCUUCUGGAAAAAGUCCAGAAUAUGACCCAGUCAAUCCAAAAUCUCGACCAGAGGACCCAAAAAGACCUGCAGUAUGUGCAAAGAAUGGAGGUGCAGUUGAGAGGCCUGGAAUCCAAGUUCAAACAGGUGGAGGAAAGCCACAAACAGAAUAUUGCCAAGCAAUACAAGGCCAUAAAAGCGAAAAUGGAGGAACUUAGACCAAUGAUACCAGUGUUGGAGGAAUACAAGGCCGAUGCAAAAUUGGUAAUGCAGUUUAAAGAGGAGGUCAAGAAUCUGACGUCAGUGCUAAAUGAACUGCAGGAGGAGAUCGGGGCGUUUGACUACGAGGAGCUUCACAACAGGGUGUCAAAUCUUGAGGAGAGGCUUCGUGCAUGCAUGCAAAAAUUAGCAUGUGGGAAGCUGACAGGAAUAAGUGAUUCCAUAACCGUAAAGACGUCUGGAUCAAGGUAUGGAUCCUGGAUGACUGAUCCACUUGCCCCUGAUGGUGAUACAAGGGUCUGGUACAUGGACGGCUACCACAAUAACCGCUUUGUCCGGGAAUACAAAUCCAUGGCUGACUUCAUGUAUUCUGACAACUUCACCUCGCAUCGGCUUCCUCACCCCUGGUCAGGCACAGGACAGGUUGUCUACAAUGGCUCCAUCUACUUCAAUAAAUUCCAAAGCAACACCAUCAUCAAAUUCGACUUUAAGACGUCUACCAUCAGCAAGUCAAAUCAGCUGGAUUACGCCGGCUACAACAAUCGCUACCACUACUCCUGGGGUGGUCACUCAGACAUUGAUCUAAUGGUGGAUGAAGGCGGGCUUUGGGUCGUGUACGCCACCAAUCAGAACGCAGGGAACAUCGUCAUCAGCAAGCUCAAUCCAUCAACUCUGCAGGUGAUCAAGAGCUAUAGCACCAACCACCCAAAGAGGAGCGCAGGUGAGGCCUUUAUGAUCUGUGGAACACUUUAUGUCACCAAUGGCUACUCAGGAGGGACAAAGGUCUACUUUGCUUUCCAUACCAACUCCUCUACUUAUGAGUACAUUGACAUUCCCUUGCAGAACAAGUAUUCCCAUAUCUCCAUGCUGGAUUAUAACCCCAGAGACAGAGCUCUUUAUGCAUGGAACAAUGGGCACCAGGUGCUGUAUAAUGUCACAUUGUUCCACGUCAUUCGCUCUGAGGAGCUUUAGAUAUCCACACAGUGACAUUCUUCAUCCAUUUGAGAUCUACAGUAGCACUGAUGGAAUUUAUUAUUGAAAAAUAGAGUAUUGCCUGAUGAUUGUUCAAUAAAAGACAUCAAAAUGUAUUAAAAGUAAUAGUUAGAGGCAACAUAAUAAACAGCUGCCAAAAAGUAUUUUUUCUUCUUUUUUUAAGACUAUGAAUGCUUAGUUCAAGCUUUCUUUAGAUGAUUGUGUUGGGAUUUUUCUUAUUACAGAGUACUUGUACAGCUUUAUGUAUGAAAAUUACUCAAAACACCCUGUUAAUAGGGGUAAAAAUGUGUGACGCAAGAAAGAUGUUAUUUAGUUAACCAGUUACAGUGACCUCAAAAAGUAUUUAGGCACAUUUAUUUUAUAAAAUAUCAAACCAAGUGCCAUUUUCUGAACAAAUGCAGCACAAGCACACUUUUCUGGCAAAUAAGUGAAACAGAAGCUUGUUUGAUUUCCAGUUCAACAACAAUAGAUAUAUUGUUUAUAAUGAAGUACCAAAAUGUGAACACUUCCUGGUUUUCAAACUUGUGCAACAUAUCCAAAGAGAGUUAUUUAAUGUAAUAAACUGUACACCUGUGGUCAGGGGUGGACUGGCCAUAGGGAGAACUAGGACUUUUCUCGGGUGGAUGGCCGCGAAAUGGGGCAGAACGGGUGACGUUAAGCUGAAACUGGCCGCCUCGUUAUGCUGAACAGACUGCGAUUAGCUGAAAAGGGCUGCAAUAUGCAGAAAAGAACCCCCCCCCCACCUCCUGCCCCCCAGUCAGGGCCGAUUUCUCUUCCCAGUCCACCCCUACCUUUGUUUACUCUGCUAAGACACCUGUGAGAACUUCAGGGGAACUAACAUCCACUAAGAAUGGCCUUAACACCUGUCAGCUAAAAGUUAUUGCAAAAAUAGCUCAGCUCUAGCAUAAUUUGCUUGCAAAUGCCACGUGGUUUGAUAUUUUGUUAUCUAUUGCAAUAAAAUUUAUAAAUUUCUAAGUGUGGCUACGGAGUAGUCCACUCAAAAAAUAGAAUUCUCUCAUCAUUUACUCACCUUAUACCGUCUCAAACUUGUAUGACCUUUGAUCUUCUGCAGAACAUAAACGAAGAUAUUUUGAUGGAGAUAUGAAGUACUUAUGUCCAUACAAUACAAGUCAAUGGGGUCCAACACUUUCAAGCACCAAAAAGGACAUAAAGACAGCAUAGAGGUAAUCCAUACAAAAACAAACAAAAAAAAAAACUUGACCUUUGUAGUCUCCUGGGUGCGAUUACGAUUUGAAGCUUGAUUACACUUCCUCGUGCUUGGCGAGUUUGAGACGGCAUAAGGAUGAGUAAAUGAUGAGAGAUUAUAAUUUUAUAGAUUAUAAUUUUUGGGUAAACUAUUCCUUUAAGUGUCUGAAUACUUUUGGGGGGCCACUGUAUGUACUUGUAUUAAGAGCAAUCAAGACAACUUAACAUCUACUAAAGAACAGAAGGCACUGACUAUUGGAGGCACUCUGUUAAAGAACUACAGUCUGUUGUUGUGAUUUUUAUGUAGUUUCUGAAAUUCUCAAAGAUUUGCAUGGGCAUUUUUAGCAGAAAGUCUCACAUGAUUGUAUGUUUUUUGCAGUAAUACAGUAUGAACCUUAUAUGUGAAAAAGAGAUUACAUUAGUUAUGGGUUUGCUAUCCUUCCUGCCAUGUUUAUUUUAUUUAUUUUUGCUGUAUCUUUUGUGUUGGGUUAUCUUUUAUCAUUUGUGUUAAUAAAGUGAAUCACAAAUAGUAGGGAUGGUAAGAAAAGGAAUCCAAAAUUAUAUACAAGCUGUCAGCAAAAAAAAAAAAAAAAAAAAAAAGCGUCAAAAGACAGUGUGAAAAAUGUAUUUAUUAGGUAGUAUUCUUUGACUGUAUUUCAAGACAGCUUCAUGUGUCAGUUGUCUUAGUUAGAAGAAAUAGAUGGUGUCAUCUAAAACUGUUACGCUUGCAUCCGUGUUGUAUUUGCAAUGUGAUUCAUAUCAAUAAAGCCAGUCUUUAUUUUACA